AAGUUUCAGGAUUCAGUGAUGCAGUCAGUGGCCUAGGAAAAUAUAUGGUUAGUUUGAUGUAAUAGGCUAGUAAUGUUUUCAACUCUGAGAAGGGUACAGUGCAGGCGUUUGGAUGAUUUCGAGCUAAGAAAAUGGCUACGGCAACUUUCAAUACCGAGACGGGUUUCUUUAACGGCUAUUCUCAUCCUUUUUUCACUCUACUUCAUUAUAUCCUCCAUAACUUCUGCGCCUUAUGUCUCAGAAUCGCAGAAAUGUCUUACUGAGCGUCUGAGUGCUUGGAAAUUUUCCGAAAACGAUAAUGUUGUUGCAGUUUCCAACAGAAAGUUUGGAUUCACCGGCAAUGGGUUUAUCGGAAUGGGUGGCGAUGGAGAGCUGCGGUUAAAAACGUCUCGGGUUUUAUCGAUACGAAGUGCCUUUUUUCCUAGUAUUGAUACGAAAAUUCAGGAUUCAGAAUCGUUUGCUGAAAAUUAUGUAAAUGAUUAUCGUGAUGGCACAAUCAUCACUGUCCGAUGUUACCAUAUUAUGGAUCAGUGUUUGUGUAUUACUCAACGUGUUUAUGCUCACCGAACAAGACCACAUCUUAUGAUUCAGGAACUUCAGGCAACAAAUCCAUUGAGUAAUGAUAUCGAAAUAGAACUAUCCGUGAAGAUUUCGGAAUAUUGGACUCUAAAAAAGAGUAGCAGCUUGGAUGAUCCGGUUUAUACGCGUUAUUUCGAGUCAGAUGGAGCACAUACACUGGCUGUUGCUACAUGCACCAAAAUACCCGAAACUGUUACGGUUGAGCAGAAACGCGAGAUUUUUUUACGCUUUCUCUGCGUCAUCAAUUAUAUUUCACCAUUACCCGUCGGAAAAAACAAAAAUGCUGAGCUAAGAUUGCUGGAUGAAGGUGUUACGAAGGAACUCAAAAAUUACAGCUUGCUGGAUGGAACUCUUCUAUAUCGCGAACACUCAGCUGCCUGGCAAAAGCUGAAUACGGUUACGUUUAGUAUUUCAAAAUCUUUGGCCCCAAAUGCUCUUAAUGCUGCCGAAAUCAAUGCUACGCGUUAUAUGCUGCUAUCAAAUAUGCGUGAUCCAUUACUGGAAAUUGGAGUUAGUAUGGAACAAAAGGAGGCAGCAGCAGCAUCAAUGAAAAUGAUGGAUAUGUGUUAUACAGGGCACUCAACACUUCUCGUACCUUCCCGUCUGUGGAAAAAAUCCGAUAAUGUCAAUGAAGUCAUUGAAACGAUGGAUAUUUGGUUAUUAACGCUGGAGAAGCGUGGCUGUUCUGGACUCCUAAAAGCUGGCGCUACCGGUCUUGCCGAAGCAUUCGUUCUCAGUCUUCUUGCAUCCAAGUUUUCGCGUGAGCAUUUGGAAGUAGAUAUUGAUCCAGCUGAUUUAUUGCGAGAAAUUACUGUAAAAAAUCUAGCUUAUUCUCUUGACACAAGGAUUUCAAUAAGUGUCCAUUUAAGUAAUGGUAAUCAACCUUAUUUCAUAAUCUCCUCUGAUUCGCAGGUUUUUGCAUGUGAUGCAGCCUGUUUAAAUUAUCCGAUAGCUAUCGGACGCUCGAGUGUACAUAUUCCGAUUAAAAUAACUAAACCAUCUACUCCGAUCUUAUAUAUUUCACAUAACAAAAAUCAUCUCGAGCAACUGCGAGGAACGAUACACGUUGUUGAGGUUAUGGAUGCUCCAGCUCAUGAGCUUGGAUUAAUCGCACUUCACAAACAUGGUCAUCGUUUGGGUGGUCUUCCAAUAAUGUUUUGGCUGAUGCUUGGUGCUUUGAUGAUUGUAUUCCAUCUUUUCCUUUUCAAAUUGCUUUAUUCGGAGUGGAAAAAAGGCGACACAAUGCCCUACAAUUAUUACUUGCGACAGCGUUAUCUUCGCAGUCACUGAGUCGUUACAUCACGAAACGUUACAUUCCGUCGCAAAGGUUAUCCAUGUUGUUUUGUCAUGUAUUAUGUGUUAUUCAUUACGACUAUGUGUUUCUUAGAAAUGUUCACUAAAUGUAUACUUUUUCUGAAUUUUAAAGGAUAUUAGCUUCUGUUUUAUAGUUACUGUUUCUGUAAGUUGAGUAAACUGAGUGACGGAUCUUCCAUAAGGGCAUCCCAAAAUGCUUUUACUUAUAUGUUGGUAACUGUAGUAAUCCA